GGCGCCCCUGACAUGGCGAGAUAUCCGCUUCCUACAACUACACUUCAGUGAAUAUUUCGCUGUUACUUCCUCGAACUAGCAUUGGAAGAAUCCGGAGAGGAGAGGAGGAGAGGAGGAAUCCCCAUCUUGCCAAAAGGGAUGGUAUGACUCGACUAGACAGCAUGAAGGUCUGGGGCUAGGAUGUCUGAGAGUUCUGGUGUCUGGUCCUCACUGCAGCGGCCACCUCUCAACCCCCUUGAUCCACUUGGAGCUGGCCACCACAGCAACAACAUGAAAGUAUCAGAUCCUUCACCACCAGUGCGACAAACCACCAGCCCACCUCAGCCUCUCUGUAAGCGACACAGCCCUGAGAAUACCACUGGAAUAGUGGAAAAUGAAAAUGCACCUCUUGCCCUCCAUCACAAGCGACAGCGUACGAAGAGUGGUUCAGAGACUAUGGAGUCUUUAAUUCCUUGUCAGGACAGUGCUCUACCUCCUACAGAGUGUUGUAGUAAAGUUGAUGCAACACCACUGUGUGAAAGAAAUGUUAGAACUUCCAGAUUAGAUGCAGGAACAGAUAUUGUUAAUAUUAAUGCAAAUAGUAUCACAAACAGUAAUAUUGGUGCAUCAAGUGCCGAUGCAUCAUGUUCUUGUUCCACAUGUGACAGUAGUAGUGAUAGUGUAAAGAAUAUAAAUACUGUGGAAGUUGUUAGAAGUGAAACUAUUAGAGAAUGUAGAAACCUCAGUCAUAUUAGUGAUAAUAUGGAGUCUGACCCAAGUCUAUUAGUAGGGGAGUAUUUAAAUUCUAGACCUUUACAUAAUGAAACAACUAGUGGAAACCUCUCCCCUCAUUGUGCUGCAACCUUAGAAUAUGUAACCCAGUUGCCUGAAGGUUGUGGAGGUUCCAGUAGCUCCUCAGUGCUGGAGCCACCUGGUUUGAAUAGGCCAAGUGCAGCUGAUGAGGAUCUGGAGGAUGAUGACAACUACUUGGAUUCAUCAGAAGGUGAAGAAGAAGAAGACCUUCUGAUAACAAAUAAUGAAGAUGAAGAAAGUUGUGGAGAAGAUGACCAAAGUGUGAUAAGUUCUGUAACAGUAGGGUCUACAUGUUCCUUGAGGUCUGUGGCCAGUGAGGCUCUAAAUACCAUAUGCAUCAAUGAACAUGGUGUUGCAGCUAAUGAGGAUGGUUCUCUUCUUUACACUGAAUCUCCAGCAGAGUCUCCCCUCCCGUCCUUCACACCCAGUUUAUUCUCAUAUGUGCCACCUUCUAUUAAUUUCUGCCAGUAUAAUGAAAAAACGGUUGAAAUGCCAUUAGCAAUCUCUCGAUUGUUAAAGUGGAGGUUCACGAACAUCACUCCACUAAUUGUUAGGAAAACUGUAGCAAAUUCAGGAUUCAAGAUAACUAAGAAAACUAUGCAGUGGUCAGGAACUUGGGGAAAACACAUGAAGUCUCCCUGUUUCAAAGCAGUUCGGGAAUUUCAGAAACUUAAUCAUUUCCCGGGUACUUUCCAAAUUGGCAGGAAGGAUAAAUUAUGGAAGAACUUUGUACGUCUUCAGGCAAAGUUUGGAAAGGAAGAGUUUGGUUUUAUUCCAAAGACAUUUGUACUACCAGGUGAUUUAAAAGCCUUAAAAGCAGCAUUUGAUAAGGAAGGUGUAAAAAAAAAGUGGAUUGUUAAGCCUCCAGCAUCUGCAAGAGGCACAGGAAUACAGGUUGUUCAUAAAUGGUCACAAGUGCCUACUGACUCCCCUGUUGUAGUUCAGCGAUACAUCAGCCGCCCUUACCUCAUUAAUGAUACCAAGUUUGACAUGCGCAUUUAUGUUCUUGUCACAUCCUUCCAUCCUCUUCGUAUUUUCCUUUACCAAGAUGGGCUUGUUAGAUUUGCAUCUGUUCAGUACAACAGUGCAUCAGCAAGCCUGAGUGACAGGUACAUGCACCUUACCAACUAUAGUGUGAACAAGUCAUCAUCAUCAUACACACACAACACGGAUGCUGGGCAGUGUCAGGGACACAAGUGGACGUUGAAGUCUUUAUGGGGUUACUUGAAGGCCAAAGGUGUGGAUACAUCAGAGCUCUGGAGUCGAAUUGCAGACUUAGUGAUAAAGACUGUCAUUAGCGGAGAGCGAGAUAUUGUGGUCCGCACCCGGAAGAAUGUGAGAUCCAGAUAUUCAUGCUAUGAGCUUUUUGGUUUUGAUGUGAUAAUUGAUGAGCGUUUGAGACCAUGGCUCUUGGAGGUGAACAUCUCCCCGUCACUCCACUCUGCUUCGCCUCUAGACCACUCAGUGAAGGGUCCUCUCAUUGCUGACAUCCUCAAUAUAGCAGCUUUACACAUCCCAGAUAAACUCAGCCAGCAGCAACAGAAAAAUCUGUUACAAGACUUAAAUCUUGGGGAAAAUGUGUCUUCAUUGUGUCUUGAUCGUCGCAUAUACACCAGGCUUCUCACUGGUGAAGAGCAGGUGAAACAUGUUCAGGUAAACGGUUUGCCUCGUAAUCAGUAUAUGAAUUUUGCCCUUGAAAACCUUACUUCUGAUGAUGUUCGUCAUCUCAUCACAGCAGAGGAUGAGCUGCAUAGAGCUGGCAAAUUCACACGGAUCUUCCCUACGGCUGAAACUUCUCCAUAUUUCGGUUUUAUGGAUAAACCACGGUAUUAUAACAGACUGAUGGAUGCUUGGGAAAAUGCUUAUGGCAGCUGUAGAGAGAAAGCAUUGGAAAGACUGGAAGCUCUGUGUAAAGAGAAGUUUCACCUCCAAGUGCCUCCCACCUUCAAGAUGCCAAAGGUCAAAGGAACAGGCGGCUUCCGGGUCACCUCCAGACUGCCAUCCUCCCCCCUACUGGGGAAGUCCAGCCCCCAACCACAGUCCUCCCAGACAACCAGUGUGUCACUCCACCCAAACCACCUCCCUCUACCUCAGAAAGGGAAAAGGAAGUAUCACCCGCAGAGAAGGUCCCAGAAACUGAAGUUGACUGUGCACCCACUGAAGCCUGCACUAGUGACCAGUUACCUGCUUGCUAGAAAUAUAGCUCUUUUGGACAAUGAGGACAGUGCAAAUGAGGUGGAUGAGGAUAUGGUAACAGAUGAUGAAGGUGAGGAGGAAAGUGAGGAAACAUGUGAAGCAGAGAUGCUAGAGCCUGAAGUUGCAGAUUCUAAAACUGUAAAAGGUGAAGUGGAGCAGAUAAAACAGUUAACAAUUUCAGAUAGUUAAAGACAAAAAUGUAUCUUUUAAGUUGUUUUUUAAAAUGUGAAAAGAUAGGCAAAUAAUUGAGAUGGUUUGUAUUUUAAACAUAUCAGGUUGUUAGAAAGGAAAUAUAUGAUACAAUUGUAAAUUAGUAAAUUGAGUCUGGAAUUGUGGAACAUGGAGUGUUGUUGCCUCAGUCUGCAGUUUAAUAUAAAGUUCUAAAAAUGAUAUAAUAAUUGUGUAUUUUACACCAAAUUAAUGAGGUUCUAAAGAUGAAUUUGAGGUUUUUGAUGUGAAAAAAUACUUUUUUGUGUAAUUAUUUCUUAAACUGCAUAUUGUGACUAAUAAUUUAAAGUGAGUUCAUAGAUACAAUUUUAUUCCCUGUUGUGGUAAUAAUAAUGAUAAUAGUACAGUAUUAUAAUAAUUAUAUUUUAUGAUUACCAUUAUUGUUAUUACAGGUACUAAAGCAACUUCAACAUUUGGAAGUAGCUCUAUUAAACCUUUCAUAAUCAUAGCAUUUGUCAGCAGAUUUUAUGUAAAGAAGAAAAAAGUUCAACUAAAAGAGAGAUGGUUUUUGUUCUAGCAGUUCUCUUGCAGCAUCUUAUGUGGUUGAGCUAACAUUGUCUGUCAUUGCAAAGAAUUGUUUGUAUAAUUAUAUUAUAGAUCUCUGCUAUGCUUUCAUUGGCUUACCUGCAUGGUAAAUAGUUACAUAAUUAAGAUAUAUUUGCCGAUGCAGACUCUUUAAAUCCAGAGAAGGGAGAGCAUGCAAAAGUUAUGAAGAAAAAGAGAGAAAGUAUGAUACAUCCAAAGGCAUUUAUAAUCCUAUGCUUUUGAUAUCAAAGAAGAAAAAAAUCAAAGGUCUUAAUAUUUCCCACUUUUGAGUUAUAUGUCAUGUUAUAUGUUAAAAUGACUUGGAAGCUCCAUAUUGUACAAUAUUGUCACAGUUAGUUUAAAUAGAUAGAUGUGUAUAUUUUUUAGCUAAUUUAUUUUGAUAUUGCAGAUUAACAUUUAUUUUAAAAUGCAUACAUGCUCAUACACCACAAACUAUUAGACACCUGUGUAUCUACAUAUGUAAUGUGUAGUACAUUUUUCACCUAUUAGUGCAAUUGGCUCAUGCACUUAUCUUUACAGUACAAUUCGAUUCUUGCAUCUCCAAAUUUUGACACAUGGGUGCACACCUUGUACAUGAAUAUGUUAGUUAUAGGGAUAUACAACUUACGAACAACUUGACAUACAUGCGAAAAACAAAUGUGCAGUAAUACUGCAUGCAUGUUAUAGUGUUAAUGUACAUUUUGGGUAUGGUUUAUGAACUGCAUUGCUACUUCAGUCAGUUUGGCUUGCAGAAGAAAUCUUACACAAGGUAAAGUUUAAUAUGGAAAGAUUUUCUCAUUUAUGGUACAGAGCUCCACAUGAAGAGGAAUUUCAGUGGCUCUGCUCUGUUAGAUCCAAUUUGCUUAUUAAAGUCAGUUUAAAGACAUGAAGCUGACCAUUAUGUUUUUGUUGAAAAGAAUGGAUAAUUCAGACUGUCUGGAUAAUUGAUAGUAUGGUCUUCAUUUUCUUAACAAUUUGAAAAUUAGUACUUGAAUUGGUACACAGUGGAGUUUGAAACCAUUUUGACCGCAGAAAUUUAUUAAUGAAGAACACCAGGAGCAUUGCUUAAAGUGGUUGUACUCAGUAUUCACUGUCUAGUACUAAAUUAAUGAAUCGGGUUUAAUAAUCAUGUUUAUUCUUUAGUGGAGGAUGGUAAAAAAGUUCCUUAAGUUUUUAGUUAUCAUUUACCAACUUCACUAGUUGAAAUCUAUAGAAUUCAUUACCCAACAAUAUUGUGAAAAUACUCUUGAUAGAAACAUUUGAUAUGCAGUGCACGUGAAAAAAGCAGUCUGGCGAAUACAUUUGACAAAAUUGGAAUUUGGACAGUGUCCUGCUAACAUUAGGCACAGGAUGACAAAUAAAUAAUGUUUGAGAAUUAGGAUAUACAGAGAAUUAACUUGUGUUAUCUUGCAAAGUGACUGUGGAGGCUAUUCUAAUUUGAUUACUGAAUAGAUAAUUACUCCAAAUAUAUGGGCUGGGACGUUAUAUUACAACCUUAGCUUCAUUAAGAUUUUAUUUUACAGGUGCAUGGGCUAUUCUGGUAUGUUGAUUUUGUGCGGUUUUAUAUUUUGACAUUUGUUGUGACCUUUGAUUACUGGUGUUGAUAAUAUGAAUAACCUAGGAGAGUAUGGAAGGAUUUUCCUUUAUUUAUUUCUUUUUAUUAGGAAAAAUGGCAAGGUGUUUGUAUAGUUAUAAGGGUGUAUUAUCUUCAGGACAGAGUAUUAAAAAAUACAAUCAAAAUUAAUGUAAGUAAUUCUAUUGGAUAAAUUGGUAAGGAGAAUUAGAAAAUUUGAUGAUAUUCUCUGCAGGCAGGAUAUAUAAAUCCAGGGAAUUUAGAAAGCAGUAAAUAGGUCUGUCCCCUUUAUGAUUAAGGCCUUUAUUUUAGCAUGGCACCAUCUUGUAUAAAAGAAAUAGUUUACAGGAAGUCUCCUUUUAAGUUAACAGACUUCACUCAAGAGAAAACCCAGUCUAUUUAUUUUGCACAUUUAUGAUUAGCAAGUGGAAAUGUUACUUUGUUUCAACCAGAGCCAUUAACUAACACAUUCAAUGUUUCUCCCUCACUCACACUUUAAGGUCUUUAAGCUAUCUUAACUCAGGGAGACUUCUUGGUUUAAAUGCUUAGCAACCCACAGGAUAUAAUGGAUUAUAUUACCCAAGUGUGUAGUGUGGAAUGAGAAAUAUUCCACAUCAGGGAAUGCUCAAUUAGUAAAUACUAAUCCUUUAGUCAUGGGACAUUUUCCCAUUUAGGUACUUCAUCAUGUAAGUGACAUUCCCAGUUGUUCAUGAUUUUUCUUUUUUACCAACAGACAUUUAUAUGCUCACAAGUAUUCCAAAGUGCCCUAUGCAUCCUUCAGUCAAUUUUUUUUUUUUACAUUGAUAAAUAUUUUAAAUGUACAAAAAUGUAAUAUAAAUAUUAAGUGCCUUU